CUUGUGCUCUCUCUUCCAUAGUAGAUGCUGGAGACAAGUGGAGGCUGGGGGUGGAUAAGCAGCAAGCUCUGAUUUCUGUGGUCAGCCUACUGCAGGGACAAGUGACGUCCAAGCGUUUAAUUCCCCCGCUGUGAUGCACAAACACUAAGCGCUGUGUGUGUGUGUGUGUCAGAAUGAGGGGAAGUCUGUGAACUGUAGAGAUGAGGGGUCUCAGCAUCUGCCUGGAAAAUGCAGCACCAUCCAGCAAAGUAUGAGCGUUAGAGGAUAUUGCAACAGAAUGUGCAGUAUAUAAUGAUUUCCUGAUCUGCAGUCUCUCAAGGGGGCAUUAGGAAAAAAAAAAAACUUGGAUCUCUGCGUUCGUUUUCUUCUUUCGUGAGCUCAGAGAGGUGCCUGCGGCAGCGAAGAUGGAUGGGAGAGACGAAAUUGACAGCGCGGGGUCUGGCAGCAUGAACAGCAUGAAGAGGAUGCUGAAGUGUGUGGUGGUCGGAGAUGGAGCUGUCGGGAAAACUUGUCUGGUGAUGAGUUACGCCAAUGACGCCUUUCCCGAGCAGUACUUGCCUACCGUGUUCGACCACUAUGCAGUGACGGUGAGCGUUGGAGGGAAGCAGUAUCUUCUGGGACUCUAUGACACUGCAGGACAGGAAGAUUAUGACCAGCUUCGACCUCUCUCCUACCCAAAUACAGACGUGUUUCUGAUUUGCUUCUCAGUUGUCAAUCCAGCUUCUUACCACAACGUCCAGGAGGAAUGGGUGUCGGAAGUCAGAGCCUACAUGCCACAUGUACCUUAUGUCCUAAUAGGAACACAGAUUGAUCUAAGAGAUGACCCAAAAACACUGGCUCGACUUCUCCAUAUGAAAGAAAAGCCAAUUUCUUAUGAACAAGGAAUGAAACUUGCAAAGAUGAUUGGAGCACAGUGCUACUUAGAGUGCUCAGCCCUGACUCAGAAGGGGCUCAAGAAUGUGUUUGAUGAAGCAAUCCUUACAGUCUUCCACCCAAAGAAGAAGAAAAAACGUUGUGGGAAGUGUCGCCACUCUUGCUCAAUUGUCUAAGGUCAUUCCCAGGAAUUGAUUGGUGCUAUUGUACAGUGAUGGGAGCAGCCAUACAGAAAAAAUUACUAGAGAGUUGGGAAUAUUCACUGUAUGAAAAAAAAAAA